GGUUGCUGUGGCCUCCCUCUCUGAUCAGCAGAGGGAGGCUAGUACAUCGCGACGAGCUCGGCCUCUAAGGUCUGAAUUGUUGGUUAACUGGACAAAGUUGAGCAGGGCGAAAUGCUUUGGAGAUUGAUUUUUGCUUUUUGGAAAUUUCAGUAACCCUUUGGAAAGAUGCACCUGGAUUUCUUUGUAUUAGUAAAUGAGAAACCAUGCCAAAGUGGCUAGGUCAGAUUUGGCUUCUUGGGAAGACCAAGGCUGCAGAAGGAAUGAAUUCAUUUUGCAAGUGAAUAUGUGGAGCUAACUCAUCCUAAACCCUAGGAUGUGGUGGUUGGGAAACCACCAUCUGUUGAGCAAGUGGGUGGCUGUCUGACUGCCCACAGCCAUUUCAGGGAUAACACAAUGUUUGCAAAAGUCUUGGCUGGCUGGGCAAGUCCAGAUGAGGUGAUAGAUUGCAACCACCCUCUGUGUGGCUGAAGUAUGGCAAGAACAGCAUGGUUUGGUUGUUGUAAUGUAUGCACGGUAAUGAGUGUUUUGACUUUUUAUUCAGUGGACUUCUUUGGCUCACUCCAAGCCUCCUUUCAAUAUCUUGGUCCUGCUGCUACACCAGAGACUUCAUUGCAUCCCCUGUUCAACAACGUACAUGCCUCUGGCAUUUGAAUGGGAAGCUUUCUCUUAGUGCUGUCCAGGGAAUAUUUGCCCUGCGUUUGAGAUGCAGCUUUUGUUUCCUGUAAAAACAGAUGCGCUUAAGUAAAAUGUGGGAAAUGGGUCCUGUUUUGAGGACAGGACUCUCUAAAAUAAUUGGAUCCCUAUUUUUGGUAUCUUCAAGUUGGAACUGCCUUUGGAAGAGCUGUUUUAUAAAUGUCCAUACGUUCAGUUCACUAAGUUGCAGAAGACAUUUCGAGGCAUAUGGAAACAAGCCUUUAGAAACCAGCUGGUGGUGGAAAAAGAAAUGUAACAUCUGUCAUAUUUCAGCUCUUUGGUCAGUAGAUUUGAGGCAGAAAUAUAUGCAUCUAAAUACCAGUCACUCCCCACCCUACCUUUUCUUCCAUUUGUUGUCUGGGCUAUGGCAACAGCUUCCUUGCUUCUGAACUUCUGCUGCUUAAAAUGCUGCUGCAAAAAAUACUUCUUCCUUCACAGCUUUGGUCAAGCCUUGUCCCUUUGUACUCUCUCCUGAAUUUAGAGCAAGACUCUGGUCCUCUCCUUUAACAUCCUUCUGCCUCCCACCUAAUCUUCUAUUCCUAUUUGCCCACGUUAGCGGCUUCAGCUGAGGUGUAUUCCGUUCUUCUCCAUUUCUUCCAUGGAGCUUCCCACCUUUGUAAUAGUCUCUCUUGCCAUGUGUCAAUUAGUUGCUCCUUUUUUGUGUAUGACUAUUGGUUAUUUUGGUCAAAAUAACCCUCUUGACAAAGUACUUUCUCCUGGUCUGGGUCCCAGUGUCUCAUCAGUCCUGCCAUGGUGUUCCAUGGUUUGGUCAUCAGAAUGUGGUUUUUUUAUGGUCAGUAGAAGCCUGGUGAUUAUUUUGCCAGGCUGAGGUUUUUGUCAUGGUGAUCGUUUGCAAGUGUCAUGUAUUUAUGGCAUGAUAUGGAUGAUAGAAUCCAUUGAAAGCUUUUGAAGGACAAAGCUGUGUGUGGUGGCUUGUCUGAGUUCAUAGAGCAGUUACCCAGCCAUGUAUCUGAGACCACUCUACAGUCUCUGUCCGUGCUCCUGGCUCUCUCCUCCUGACAACAUGAACAGGUUUCCAUGAAGAAGGUGUCAGUCAAGAGCUUUAAAUUCAGUGGCCAUACUUAUGGGGUCAGAAUUUGCUGGGAAUAUUUUAUUAUUCCCUACAGCUGGUCAUCUCUUUCCUUCUGCUGUUUGCCUUGAGGGUUUUGGGGAAUCUGUUUUUGAGGGUUGAUGUCCUAAUUCUUCUAAUGUAGUUUGAAAAAUAUCUUAAGGAUGUGCUGUUCCUUUUCCACAAACGUGUAGUAGGCACACACUGAAAAUUCUGCGUAUCUCCUGUCUUGUUCCUUCUGCACAGAUUUAUGUUCCUGGUGUGUGGUCCAGUGCCCUGCUGACUACGUAAGCUGCUACUUUGCUCAGUGGUUUACCACUAGAUGCAUUAAAUAAAUAUGCUUUAUGUAAUAUUUGUGCUUGGGUUGUAAUGAUUUUGCCUGCUUCCGGACUCUAAACAAGUAAUGCAACAAAAGUGGUCUGUAGAACGCACCUUGCUGCCAGUAAACAUCUGUAUUGGCAUCCUUGUUUGUGUCCUGAGCUAUUGAAGUUGGAAGAGAGAGGUUGUGUAUCGCCCUUGAGCAUCUUCCCUGAAAGCUAGAUCUUGAAGAUCAGACCUCUUAGCAGGUAGUGUGUGUGGGGCACAUAAUCUCAGGGCUGCAAGAUCCUUAAAGACCUUUCCUCUAGCAAAGAUGACUGCUUCUGGGUGCUAUGCCAUGUUGGUUGGAAGUAUGGCUUUUUCAAAACUGUUAAAGCUCCUCUUCUGGCUCCUGGUGCGGUCGUUAUUUCCCUCUCAUAGAAGACCACUGCCGCUGGGGGAGCUAUUGAUGGAAGAACACGGGGUGACCCAAACAGAGCACAUGGCCACCAUCGAGGCCCACGCAGUGGCCCAGCAGGUGCAGCAGGUCCAUGUGGCCACCUACACAGAGCACAGCAUGCUGAGUGCAGACGAAGACUCGCCGUCUUCACCGGAGGACACCUCCUACGAUGACUCUGACAUCCUCAACUCCACGGCUGCCGACGAGGUCACCGCCCACCUGGCUGCGGCAGGCCCUGUGGGGAUGGCAGCAGCUGCUGCCGUGGCAACGGGUAAAAAACGAAAGCGACCACACGUUUUUGAAUCCAACCCAUCAAUCCGCAAGAGGCAGCAGACACGUUUGCUACGGAAGCUCCGAGCCACGCUGGAUGAGUACACCACCAGAGUGGGGCAGCAGGCCAUCGUUCUGUGCAUCUCGCCCUCCAAACCCAAUCCUGUCUUUAAAGUAUUUGGUGCUGCACCCUUGGAGAACGUGGUACGCAAGUACAAGAGCAUGAUUCUGGAAGACCUGGAGUCCGCACUAGCAGAGCAUGCUCCUGCGCCUCAAGAGGUUAACUCGGAGUUGCCGCCCCUCACCAUUGAUGGCAUUCCCGUCUCAGUGGACAAGAUGACCCAGGCACAGCUGCGAGCUUUCAUCCCUGAGAUGCUGAAGUAUUCCACAGGUCGUGGGAAACCAGGCUGGGGCAAGGAAAGCUGCAAGCCCAUCUGGUGGCCUGAGGACAUUCCAUGGGCCAACGUUCGCAGUGAUGUCCGCACAGAGGAACAGAAGCAGCGGGUGUCAUGGACCCAAGCUUUGCGGACUAUCGUGAAGAACUGCUACAAGCAGCAUGGGCGUGAAGACCUGCUCUACGCGUUUGAGGAUCAGCAGACACAGCAGCAGACUACAACCACACAUAGUAUAGCGCACCUGGUGCCGUCACAGACAGUGGUACAAACCUUCAGUAACCCUGAUGGCACCGUGUCCCUCAUCCAGGUUGGCACUGGUGCUACAGUUGCCACGCUGGCCGAUGCCUCAGAGUUGCCUACCACAGUUACCGUCGCACAAGUCAAUUAUUCUGCAGUGACUGAUGGAGAGGGUCAGCUCUGGGCACAGGAGAAUGAAGCAGUUGCCUUGAACGUCAGACGGCUGGGGAUGGCUAAAGAGCUACGACGAGUGCCAGCUUUGCUUGUGCCCAAGUGCUGGAAAACCAGAUUGGCAGCUGCUGAAGAGUGUGUGAUAGCAGAUGUGGAGCAGAACUGGGCAACGCUACAGGGGGGUGAGAUGACUAUCCAGACGACGCAGGCAUCAGAGGCCACGCAGGCGGUGGCAUCAUUAGCAGAAGCAGCGGUGGCAGCAUCUCAGGAGAUGCAACAAGGAGCCACUGUUACCAUGGCACUCAACAGUGAAGCAGCUGCCCAUGCAGUAGCCACGCUUGCUGAAGCCACUCUUCAAGGUGGAGGACAAAUUGUCUUAUCUGGCGAAACUGCAGCAGCAGUAGGAGCGCUUACUGGAGUCCAAGAUGCCAAUGGCUUCCUAGCAGCAGACUAUUCAGGUUACAAGUGGAGCCUAGCAGAGAGUUCAUCAGGUCUCGUCCAGAUCCCUGUCAGCAUGUACCAGACCGUGGUGACCAGCCUGGCCCAAGGCAACGGCCCCGUUCAGGUGGCAAUGGCACCCGUUACCACGAGGAUAGCCGACAGUGCCGUCACCAUGGACGGGCAGGCAGUGGAAGUGGUGACCUUGGAACAGUGACGAUGCCCAGAGCAGGAUCGCGGUGAUUUUCCUCGUCUCUUACGCGAAUAAUUUUUUUACGCCUCUCCAGAGAUGCAAUCAGGUGGCAUUGAGUCUCCCAGCUUUGGAAGCAAAGGUUUUGUUAACCUUUUUUUUUUUUAAAGGAAAAAAAAAAGAAAAAAAAAAUAAUACUAGCAGAGGAUGUGUGUUAAGUGCAUUUUUAUAGCGCCACUCUGCUCUCGUAGGAGUGAGAAGCCAAAUUGUGACGGGACUUUCAUUCCAAGGAGAUUUCAAAGAAAACAAAACAAAGCAAAGCAACCCUUUAGCUCCCAUUCCCUCCCCCUACAUGGGAUCGACCAGGGUGAGACCUGGAGGGGGGGCUGAGGCAUGGCGAGGGGAGCACAGACACCCUCGGCCAAAACCGCUCCAGAAACGUCGCUGCCGCUCCCGGGUUGUGCCGGCACCUUCCUCCGCGGCAGCUCCCGGGCACGGCCUUCCGCCGUCCGCACUUGGCUAAUUAGGUUUCAAAGAUUUUAACGUGGACUUUUAUAUUAAAAAACAAAACAAAAACAAAAACACACAAAAAAAACAACAAACAAAAAAAAAAAAAAAGGAAAAGAGUUCAGAAAAGGCUCCUCUCCUGGGAAAAAAAAAAAAAAUAAAAAAUGCAUGUGUGACUGCAGGGGGGUGGCAACCUCUUGAAGGGAUAACGCUCUUCCAGGAGCCAACGCGACUGCCGCCCUCCCCACGCUGGCGAGCGAGGCCACCUCUGCCUUUGACGACCGUAAGCGCCGCUGCGGAGAAUCCCGGCCGUGCUCCGCUCGGCUCCCCUUGGUGCACACUGGAGACCUGUUCUUACUUCUCUGCUCUCGAAACGUACCUGCCAUUUUAGAUCUCUUUUUUUUUUUUUUUCUUCUCUAUUAUUAUUAUUAUUGUUAUUAUUAUUAUUAUUUCCUGUUUUUGUGGAUCUAGACCGGAGUGGAAACGCCUCUAGAGGGGCUCUGGCUGCAUCCCACCCCGCUCGCCCACCACCUUCCCAGGAGUUCCCUUGCCAAAGAGCUGCCUCGGGUUCAUCCCAGUCCCCGCUGCCGUCCCCCAGGACCCCGCAUCCUCCCCUGCCCGUCCCCAGAGUCCGGUUCCCCUAAGAAAAGCUUCACUUGAAGGUAGCGGGGGGGGAGCCGAGCGCAGACCCUUCCCUUGGGGGGACCCCUCUGCACCCCCCCCAAACCACCCCCCCACCCCGGUCCUGCCCUACGUGCAUCUCCUAGCACAGCUCUGGGGGGACUUUUAAUCCCCAUCAUCCAAAAACCUUUCCAGGAGGGUUUAAAAAAAAAAAAAAAAGGCCUUGAGGGGUGUUUUUUGAGAGCAAAUUUUACUUUGACCUCCCCGUGGGCCAAACCCUUGCAUCCCAGCCGCAGCGCCCGGCCAAACCCUCCAUCAGCCACAGCCCCGCGUGUGCAGUUGUGCAUGGUAUUUAAUUUUGGGGGGGUUGGGUUUGGUUUUUUUUUUUUUUUUUUUUAUUAAUUCCAAGUGGCCAUUAACAAAGUUCUCCACAUCUCGCUCCGCCUUCGAGGAAGUUUUCAGAUUCUUGUAUUUACUUGUUUUAUAUGGAAAAAUAUCAAAUGUUCUUUGUAUACAUUUCUUCUGUACUUUAACGAGGGGAGGGAGAUCUUUCCAUAGAAACAGUCCUGGUUCUCCAAUUUGUUAUUAUUAUUUUCUUUUUUAAUUAUUAUUUUUUUAUUGUUGUUGUGAAGAUGUCGGUGGCUUUCAAGUCAGUGUUUCUUUGGCGAUGAAAUGACGUUCUUUUAGUCCGAGAGGUUCCCCCCUGCCCUCCCACCCCUCCAAAAUGACAAAAACCAGGCAAGUAGCAGAGCAUGGACCCCCCCUUGUUUUCCCAGUGUCUAUUAUUGCCUCAUUCAAUAAAUUGUUACAAAUGUGUCUA